CUGUCAUUGUCAAUCAAAUCAACAUGUCAAUGUCACACUAAGGCGUCUAGUUAUUAGGAAUCCACAAGGGCUACGCCGAUAAAUUAAUAUAUUUUGUUUAGGUUAGUUCAAAAUGUUUGCUCUUACGCUUUUCGCGUUACUAAUUACUAUUCAAGUUUUUACAAUAAGAGCUGAGUUUUCAUCAGAAGACUGUGCCUCUUUAGGUUUCAUCAAAGCUAAUUUGUUAUGUUCGUCUUGUGAUCAGCUCAAAGAUUUUAGCCUAGAUGAAUUAGUUACACAUUGCAAAGAAUGCUGUCAUAACGACAAAAGUGCUCCUAAGGAAAAGAAAUAUGCACGCGCUAUCCUAGAAGUUUGUACAUGCAAAUUCCCUGCAUAUCCACAAAUUCAAGCAUUUGUGAAAAGUGAUAGACCAGCUAAGUUUCCUAACCUUCAAAUCAAGUAUGUACGGGGCUUAGAUCCAGUCAUUAAACUCCUAGACAAAGAUGGCAUUGUUAAAGACACUGUGGCUAUUGAAAAAUGGAAUACAGACUCUGUAGAGGAAUUUUUAAAUACUCAUCUUGUAAAAGAAGAAGAGGAUGAUCGCCAGUAUUUAAAAACAAACCAAAUUUAGUAAAUAAAAUCAGUAAUUAUUCAUUGACAUAUAGUUUUAUUUUUUUUAUUUUUAUGCUUAGCCUUUUGUACUAGUUUAUCAUAAAACAUCUGAAUUAUAUUUA